ACAGUGGACAUGUUCUGUUCCUUCUAUAAAUAAUUAAGAAAUUCGGGUCAGUGCUCCACCCCUCUCCUCUCUCUCCUCUCUCUAAAUCUCUCUGAACGCCUAAGUCAGCGCCCUCCUGGGCCCCUCCCUCUCUCUCCCUCUCUCUAUGUCUUUUUGUGAUGUGAGCCCAAUAUAAAUGGGGACAUCGGAGAAACAGUGGCAGAGAGAUUGUGAGGCAUAACAGUGAGUGAGUAAGUGAAUGAGUGAGUGGGGUUGGUGAGAUUAUCGCGAGGUUCGAGGCAGUCCCCCACAACCCCCCUCCCUUUUUAACUUUUUAAGACCGCUGAAAUGGCUGACGAAUGGGAUCUGCGUGCGGUGGUGAAGCGCCCCACAACCGCCGCCAUUAACACCACCCAAUUCAACAACACCACCAUAGAAAACCCUUUACCAGAUUUCUCUUCUCUUAGCUUCCAAAACAAUGAUCCCCCAUUUGACUAUCCUCCUCUUGCUCACCAACCAAGCUUCCAAUUUCAAGGUUUGGAAGAAAUUUACAAGGAUUUUAAUUCUCAGCCGCCGCCGCCGCCGCCGCCGCCAAUCAACCCCACCUACGCGGUCCCCUUUUUCGGAGGACUCGUAAAUCAACAGCCUCAACUACUUCCUCCACCACCACCACCACCACCACUGCCGCAGAUACCACAACAGCAGCAACUAAUGCAGCCCCUCUUCAACAACAACUCUCUCACCGGUUCCUCUUCUCAAACCGGUGGUCGAUAUCGAAAAAGGAAGAAUCACCAGACAAAGUUAGUGCGUCAGAUGACUCGUGAGGAACUGUUGGCAGAUUCGUGGGCGUGGAGGAAGUACGGUCAGAAACCCAUCAAAGGCACCCCAAAUCCGAGGAACUACUACAGAUGCAGCACGUCGAAAGGUUGUGCAGCGAGGAAGCAAGUGGAGAAAAGCCCCUCGGAUCCGAACAUUUACGUGGUCUAUUACAGCGGUGAACACACCCACCCUCGUCCAACUCAGCGGAAUUCUCUGGCCGGAACUACCCGCAACAAGCUCUCAAAUAAACUUCGCAAACCCAUUUCCGGCGAAGCACCACCACCGUCCGCCGCCAUCGUGCCCAACCCCUCGUGUUCGUCGUCGUCACCAGUCUCUGCUGCCUCAAGUUUCUCUCCAUCAACCCCAUUGAUGGAAGGCGAAAGUGUACCUCACGACAACACUCAAAGUCAACCCCCCCAAAACAACAACAACAACAACGGAUACGAUGAAAUGGAGGAGGACUCUGAGAAUGAUGACGACAUACUCAUCCCUAAUAUACUUAUGAGUGAAGAUAUAAUCAAGGGGUUUCAAGAGCUCAGCAGAGGCUAUCCUGGUUUUAAUGGUUUGGAUUCGAGGUAUGACAUCGGCGGCAAGUUUUCGACUCGAUUUCCGGCUCCAUGAACACCUCCUCCGCCGCCAAAUCCACCUCUUCCGCCGACGGAGGUGGUUGUUGAGCGGCCGCUAAAGUCGGGAGGCUUGGAUUUUCCAGACUCCGCUUUUUUAUCUUUGUCUGCCAAAUGGGACGAAGGAGAUAUAGGAAGCAUCUCUUCCAUCUCCACCACCACCUUUUUUUUUUUACUUUUUGUCUUUUUGUCUUUGUAUUUUUGUAUUUUUUUUUUUUGUGUUUGUUCUUCUUUAAUUUAAAUUUUGUAUAGACUUCACCAACAUAGUUGUCCUCUCUGUUCACCGCGUCAUUACAAUAGAUAGUUUUAUGUUUG